AUGCAUUCGUUUCGCGUGGUCUCUGUUCUGUUGGUAAGCCUUGGCGGCCUUGGGGUGGCUGCCAAGUCACUCAGCUUGGAAGGCAUUCCCAGUUGCGCUAUCACUUGCAUGGUUAAAGCCCUUCCCUCGACAACCUGCUCCCCCACGGAUCAAGCGUGCCUCUGCGUCGAUUCCAAGUUCAACGCCGCGGUGCAGCCCUGUAUUCAAUCAACAUGCACGAUACAAGAGAGCCUGGUCGUUACCAAUGCAACAUGGUCGAAUUGUGGCUUCCCGUACAGUGACCAAACUUCCAACAUUCAUUUGAUCAGUGGAGUCGUUACUGCCAUCGGCAUCAUCUUCAUCAUGAUGAGGAUGGCUACCAAGAUUGCAAAGCUCUCUGCCUGGGGCGCAGAUGACACUGUGAUUAUCGUUGCUUUUGCGUUGUUCAUUGGUUUCUUUGUGGAACUGUUCUAUUGUGAGUUUGUCACGUAA